GCGAGGGAAAAUGGCUGCCGCCAAAGGGAGUUGGUGUGUGUGUGAGAUGCUGAGGUGAGGAGCCGGAAGACUGGGCUGGCAGGCGUUACCUGUGCGGUAGUGAUAGUCGCCGUCCAGUACAGCUAAAAUCUGCGGGGAAUGGCCUGCGUUGCCAUGAAUCUAGGAUAUUUUCUCAGGUUUUUUUAUUCAUUAUUCUUCCCUGGGCUCAUUGUGUGUGGAAUUUUAUGUGUAUAUUUGGCCAUUGCCCUUUGGGGGAUCAGACGGCUGCUACAGAGAAAGAAAAGGUUAAUGUCUGCCAGCAAAAAUGGGAAGAUUCAAAGGGUGAUAGCCUUUUUUCAUCCAUACUGCAAUGCUGGUGGAGGAGGAGAAAGAGUUUUAUGGUGUGCCUUGAGGGCCCUGCAGAAAAAGUAUCCUGAAGCAGUUUAUGUUGUUUAUACUGGUGACAUUAAUGUCAGUGGUCAACAGAUACUAGAAGGUGCUUUCAGAAGAUUUAACAUCAGAUUAAUCCACCCAGUGCAGUUUGUUUUCUUAAGGAAACGCUACCUUGUGGAAGACUCACACUACCCUCGCUUCACACUGCUGGGCCAAAGCCUAGGAUCCAUCUUCCUUGGUUGGGAAGCACUGAUGCAGUAUGUUCCUGAUGUUUACAUUGAUUCAAUGGGAUAUGCUUUCACACUCCCUUUGUUUAAGUACCUAGGGGGUUGCCGAGUCGGAAGCUAUGUUCAUUAUCCCACUAUCAGCACUGACAUGCUCUCUGUAGUGAAGAAUCGAAAUGCUAGGUUUAAUAACGCAGGCUUCAUAACCAGAAAUCCUUUUCUCAGCAAAGUAAAGCUCAUCUACUACUAUUUAUUUGCUUCUAUUUAUGGACUUGUUGGUUCAUGCAGUGAUGUUGUCAUGGUCAAUUCUUCUUGGACCUUAAACCAUAUUCUCUCACUGUGGAAGGUUGGGAAUUGCACAAGCAUUGUUUAUCCACCUUGUGAUGUACAGACAUUUCUGGACAUUCCUUUACAUGAGAAAAAGACGAAACCAGGACAUUUAUUAGUUUCCAUUGGCCAGUUCAGGCCUGAAAAGAAUCACCCUUUGCAGAUCAGAGCCUUUGCUAAAUUGCUAAAUAAGAAGGUGUCCGAGUCACCCUCACCUAGGCUUGUCCUUAUUGGAGGCUGUCGUAACAAAGAUGAUGAACUUAGAGUAAACCAACUGAGAAGACUAUGUGAAGACUUAAAAGUUCAAGAAGAUGUGGAAUUUAAAAUAAACAUUCCAUUUGAUGAGUUAAAGAAAUAUUUGUCUGAAGCAGUAAUUGGUCUGCAUACCAUGUGGAACGAGCACUUUGGGAUUGGAGUGGUGGAGUGUAUGGCAGCUGGUACAGUCAUCCUCGCACACAAUUCAGGGGGCCCAAAGCUUGACAUCGUCGUUCCUCACGAAGGAGAGAUAACUGGAUUUCUGGCUGAAAGUGAAGAAGACUAUGCCGAGACCAUGGCCCACAUCCUUUCCCUGUCAGCAGAGAAGAGACUGCAAAUCAGAAAAAAUGCUCGUGCGUCUGUAAGCAGAUUCUCUGAUCAGGAGUUUGAAGCAUCGUUCCUGUCAUCUGUGGAGAAGUUACUUGAGUAAUGCUGUGUCUCUGCAACUGAUUUUAUAUAGUAUCUGGAGCUAAGUGUGUCACGCGGUGAUAGAAUGGAUAGCUGGCAUCUGCAGGGCUCAGGGUUCAGUCCAUAGCACCAAAAAAUAAAAUGACUAGUCACCUUCAUAUGUAAAUAUUUCUCUAAACUCAUUCCCUAUUAUAAUAAAGUCAGUUUGAGCAGUGUUCUCAGCGAACCUGUAUGGACAAGGUAUUCACUGCAGUGGAAAAAUUCAAAAUUAUCUAAACGGAAAAGGUGGUCUUACAUAGCUUAUAUAAAAAUUUUAAUUAUUAUUUGGUCUCAAACACCAAAAAAUACCGAAUGAA